AUGCCCAAAUUUUCUCUAUUUCAUUCCUGCUUUUCUUCUACUGUAUCGCUUUGCCCCUUUAUUUUUAUUCGAUUUCUUCUUCUUUGUCUAUACCUUCUCCCUCCUUGUUUUCCCUACCUUUUUACAUCUUUCUUCUUCUUCUUCUUCUUUAUUAGAUUUCUUCUUCUUUGUCUAUACCUUCUCCCUCCUUGUUUUCCCAACCUUUUUACCUCUUCUUCUUCUUCUUCCUCUUCUUCUUCUUCUUCUUCUUUAUUAGAUUUCUUCUUCUUUGUCUAUACCUUCUCCCUCCUUGUUUUCCCAACCUUUUUAACUCGUUCUUCUUCUUCUUCUUCUUCUUCUUCUUCUUCUUCUUCUUCUUUCUUUAUUCGAUUUCUUCUUCUUUGUCUAUACCUUCUCCCUCCUUGUUUCCCUACCUUUUUAUCUCUUUCUUCUUCUUCUUCUUCUUUGUCUAGGCCUCUCCCCUCUCCUUUAUAUCUUUUCAUCCUCCUCCUCUUCUUCCUUUCUCUCUCUCUCUCUCUCUCUCUCUCUCGCGCGCGCGCUGUUCAGGAGUUUGACAUUUCGAGUUUUCUGAAUUAUCUAUCUUUGGGUAUGGAGGAAAAGGGCUGGAAAAGCAAGAAUGACCAGAACAUGUGUCGCUUCGGGGCACGUGUUGUCCAUUGUUACACAGACCCUUUACCCUCUUCGCGAACGGCUAGAUUUUGGCCACUUUUACUCAGUGUAUUAACGAGACUGACACAAUUGUCUCCCAUUUUUUGUCAAGAACGGUGA